AAGCCCCUUUUGUACUAGGGUAUGGACAUUUUGGUGCACAUAAUUGAGCAGGAGGUGUUGAAGCGCUUGCCUGCAGUUGCUUUGCACUGCCGCAUUAGAGCUGUGUGCAGACAAUGGAGGGAUCUUGUAGAUUCACCAGGAUUUGCAAAGUUUUAUUCAACAUACCACUCUAAAAGUAAGCAUCUACCUCCUCCUCGUGUCUUGGGUAUAACUAGAAAUGGUGAGGAUAUCUACAACUGCAACCCAUUUGUUGUUGGAUCUGAAGCACCAAAAGAUUGGGUCCAUCAAGAUGUCUACAGUCACAUCAGGGUUUUCAGUACUUGUGGUGGAUUGCUGCUUGGAAUGAUGGGUGAUGAUUAUGUUGUUCUCAACCCGCUUACUAGAGCUCUCAAGGUGCUUCCCCCACCGCCUCUGAAAGCGGUUUCAAGGGCAGUCGUAUAUAUACUCCUGCGUCUUCAUUCUGCCCUGGUAUUGGAACCGUCCAUGCAGCGGUACUGGAUCUGUAUAGCAGAAGAGCGAUUGCAUGUAUAUGACUCAAGAUCAGGGGUGUGGGACCAAGUGGAUUACCUUCCUGGCUGGUCUCAUCUCAUAUAUGGAGUGGGAAUGGCCAACAGCAAAGCUUAUUUUAAUUCGAAUCAGGGGAUAUUGAGCUUCAACAUGGAAGAAAUGAGAUGGUCCAUCGAGUGGUCAUCAUCCAAUCGACCUAUGGGAGCUGGUUGGGCCAAUUGGGUGGUAACAACAGCACCCCAGUUUUUCAUUGUGGCUAUAGGAGCAGAUCGUGGGGUUGUGAAGAUGAUGCUAAUAAGGUUGGACUGUGCAUCCAAGAGAUUUGUUAAGGAGGCAAGCUUUCCUUACAACGAGGACUACCAUCUUAUCCCUCCGGCCUGUUUCUACGAAGGCACCUUCAUGAUUCCGGAUAAGAAACCCUUCAGUUGUGAUGUCUGCUUUUCUGUUUGCACCAUCUUUGGUGCCUCCAUGAAAGUUAAUAUUUUAUGUUAUUAGAAUUUUCUUCUAGGCAUCCAAAUGUUCAUAAGUUCUCUUGCACACCCAUUUAUGAUCAAUAAGUUUUCAAUUAAACAGUAUAAAACACUAUUCAAAUUAA